UUGACUUGAGAAUUGUGUAUUGUACUAUUGUGUUUACUAAACAAUAUUAAAUUAUUACACAGUUAACAAUUAUUAACAAGUAAAAAUGAACACCAUCAAUUGAGUUUGCAUUCCAAUUUCGGGUGGAUGUAUAUUKUAUUUUAAACUUUUCAAAAAACGGUUUUGACUUACAAUAUUAAUUUUACGAACCUUGACGAUUCAAUGUGUAAUCUGACGUUUAAAAAAAAUUUAACUCCUAAAACUUGGUAUUGUAUGUAGACUUUCUCAGUUGACGGUUAAGUUUUACAUUUUAUCGUUUAGUGUUCAAUAUUUACAUUCUACAUAACGUUUUUGAUUCCACUGAUUCUCUUAAAAUGUACGCCCGAAGUAAAACUCCCAGCAUGGGAACGCCGUCAGUUUAUUCAAUACAUGCCAGUCAUUUGACUAUCCGAUCUUCUAACCUGAGGUCAACGCGUUCCAUGAAAUCUUUACGUGUGCCAUGGUAUCAACGUCCUAUAUUGAAAGAUGCUUAUUUCCUUGAUACACAAAGAGGUGCACUUGUCAUUGCCUUCUAUUCUCUGUUUCUAAGCAUUUUUACAUUGGUGACAUCCGCAUUUGAUACAUAUUGUUUGGCAAUGGCUGCUCCUGGAUCUACACAUUAUGGUUACUAUGUCAUGAGCUAUCAGUUUGUAUAUGUUGGAAGCUCUUGGGUCAGAAAUUUAUUAGUCUUAUUCUCAUUGUUUUCGUUUGUUGUGGCAGCUGUUAUUUUUGUAACAAGUUUGAUUUUAAUAUCUGCAUUACGCAAGGAGCACGAGAAACGAAUCGUGCCUUGGUUAUUUUCGUUUGCUGCAUUUACAGUAUUUCGAUUUAUAGCCUGGUUGUUUUCUUCAAUAGCUAACGAUCCCAUAUUUGGCUACAAUUUUACCAUGAUAUUGUUGGGUGCAUUGUUCAGUGUCAUAAAUGUAUACGGUUGGAUACUUGUAUAUUCUUUGUAUUUGGAACUGUUUGAUUUGACUAAGCUUGAAGAUUUAGCACAUUUGAGAAUUGGAACUAUGGCCUCACUGAAUGCAUCUACAACUCAUUCUUUAGCUGGAUCUCGACCCACUACUCCUCAUAGUACAGUCUCCACUGUUCCAGUAUAACAUUAUUAUAUUUUAUCGAAAAAUUAACCAGGGAUAUGUAGUAUUUAUUAUUUUAUUUUUAAACUGCAGUAUGAUUACUAAUCUGGAUUUGAAAUGGAUCCAUAUAUCUGGACUAGCAAGGUCUGGAUUAGUGAGACUCUACUGUAUUUUUGGUAUUAUUAAUAAUUAGACUUAUGACUAUGCGCUUGACACAAUGUAAUCUUAUCCGUCCAUUUUGUGUUCAAAUGUUAUAUGUUGACAAUUAAUCAGUAUUUUAUUUUAUUUAUAAGUAUUGUAUUUCAUUUUUAUACUUGAUUACGUUUUAUAUCAU